AUCUGCAUAGGGAGUAAAAUGCAACCAUCCUGCGAGGUUCUGUUGCGCCCCGAAACCGCUCCGCGUCCCUUCCCGUGCGGCGAGAGCGCGAGACCGAGCGCAGGGCAGACAGGGGGAGCUUUUCUUUCCUGCAGCACAUCCGAAACUACAAACAUGGAAGGGGUAGGAUGUUAUUAGCGUCCGCCGUGGUGGUAUGGGAAUGGCUGAACGAGCACGGACGCUGGCGGCCCUACAGCCCGGCUGUCUGUCAUCACAUCGAGGCGGUCAUCCGGAGCGACCCGCGCGCCGCUAGUGUCGUCCUCGGCCAGGUGGACUCGCGCCUCUCGCCCUACAUCAUCGAUCUGCAUUCCAUGCACCAGUUCCGACAGGACACAGGUACCCUUCGACCGGUGCGACGCAGCUUCUACGACCCCACGUCGGCGCCGGGCCAGGGCUGGUUGUGGGAGUGGGAGAACGACGCCGGGAGCUGGACGGCGUACGACACCGAGGUGGGCAUCGCCAUCCAGGCAGCGCGCGACCGCCAGCAGCCCUGGCUGGACCUGGCGCCGCUGGGCUUCUGCUACCUCAUCGACUUUGAAAGCAUGACCCAGAUCAAUGGGCAGACGCAGCGCUGCAGGCGCAUCCAGCGCCGCUCCGACCUGGCCUACCCGCUGGUGUCCGGACCCUUACCCAAGUCCCACCACGCCUGGGGACCCAUGUCCGUGCCGGGGCACGGAGGACUUCUGGGCGUCGACGUGUCCGGAGUGGGCAUGGGGUUCCGGAUGAGCGGCGGCGGCGGCAGCGGCGGGACGGGGAACGGGAGCGCCUACCCCAGCGGGGCGCUGCCCGCCUCGGCCAUCACCUCGCUGGGACAGCCCUGUGCCUGCCAGCAGUGCAUGCUGGUGCUGAGCGUCAAGGCGGGCGCCAUGUCCGCCGCUCACACCCUGGGCCGAAGGCCCCCGCAGACUAAACCGCCCAGCCCCAAGCUGAGCACCCUCCCCGUCCCGGGGGGGUCGUACUCCCUCACCCUCCCCAGGCCUCCGUCCCUGUCCAGGUCGCUGUCCCCACACAGGACGUCCAUGGUGGGGGCGACGGGUGGCUUCAGUGUGGGGGGGAUGGGGGGCGGAGGAGGCCUGGGGAUGGUUGGUUCCAGCGGUCUUGGUGGGACCAGCCUCGGUUACGGCGGGGGCUACGCUCACUCCCUUUCCCUUCUCGGCUCGGCCACCGCCGCCCUCUCCAUCUCCGCCAACCGCCCCCCGCCUCCUCCGCUGCCGCCUCCCCCGCCGCCCCCUCCGCCGCCCUCCACCGUACCCUCGUCGGCGCCCGCCCCCGCCCCGCACCCCUCGGCGGUCCCCCCCUCCUCCUCCUCUUCCUCCUCGCUCUCCGUCUCCUGCCCCGCCCCCACGCCGCCCGCCCCGGGCCCGCCUCUCAUCUCCACGGCGGCGUCCACCUGCACGCCGUCGCCUUCGGCCCGCGUCCUGGGCCCAGUGUCUUCGUCCGGUGCCGCCGCCUGCGCGGCCCCCCUGCCGCCCCGGUCCAGCCUCGCGGGACUGAGCCGUCCUGCGCUGCAGCGCAUCGCCAUGGCUCAGUCUCGUGCCCUUAUCGCCUCUGGUGUGCCAACAGUUCCAGUGAAGAAUCUGAAUGGAUCCAGCCCUGUACAUCCUGCACUGGCAGGUAUUACAGGCAUCCUGAUGAGUGCAGCAGGACUUCCUGUCUGCCUGACCCGGCCUCCCAAGCUGGUGCUUCAUCCCCCACCUGUCAGCAAGAGCGACAUCAAACCCGUGCCGGGCCUGGGUCACUGCUGCCGCAAGACCACGAAGAAACAAGCCCGGAAAGGUAAGACCCCGGAGGAGGUGGUGAAGCGUUACCUUCAGAAAGUCCGCAACCCCCCUGAAGAGGACUGCACCAUCUGCAUGGAGGCCCUGGCAGGACCAUCGGGCUACAAGGGCCCCGGCGUGGGCGGAAUCUCCCGGGCCGAGUCCGUGGGCCGCCUGGCGCAGUGUGGUCACCAGUACCACCUCCAGUGCCUCGUCGCCAUGUACAACAACGGCAACAAGGACGGUAGCCUGCAGUGCCCCACCUGUAAGACCAUUUACGGGGUCAAGACGGGCAACCAGCCCCCCGGCAAGAUGGAGUACCACGUCAUCCCCCACUCGCUGCCUGGCCACCCCGACUGCAAGACCAUCCGGAUCAUCUACAACAUCCCCCCAGGCAUCCAGGGCCCUGAGCACCCAAAUCCAGGGAAACCCUUCACGGCACGAGGCUUCCCCAGGCACUGCUACCUCCCCGACAGUGAAAAGGGGCGCAAGAUUCUGAGGCUGCUCCUGGUUGCCUGGGACCGCAGGCUCAUUUUCUCCGUGGGAACAUCCAGCACUACCGGGGAGUCCGACACGGUGAUCUGGAACGAGGUGCACCACAAGACCGAGUUCGGGUCCAACCUGACGGGCCACGGCUACCCCGACCCCAGCCACCUGGACAACGUCCUGGAGGAGCUGAAGGCUCAGGGCAUCACGGAGGAGGAGUGUCUACCCAGAGACUGAGCAGAGACCUUCCAGGCACAGAAGAGUCAACAACACCAGUAAACAUGCAAUUCUGGGGAACAACUGCACAGCUGGAUGCAUUCCCUCUCUUCAAAUAGACUGAGAGAACUUUCACAUCAAAAAUGGUGGGAAAAGUCUUAGAAAAGUUUGAGAGAUAGUUUCAGCAGUUUGUGCAUUGACUGCAUGAGUCAGUUUCAAUAUGAGGGGAAUCCGUUCGUUUCCCGAUGCGGUGACUGCGAAAAGAUUGCAGACGUUAUUCAGUGAGACACUUGAGACCACUGUGCACAUACGAGUCAUUGCUAGUUUAAAGAAGAAGAAAAAAAAAUCUGUCAUUUAUACUGUGAGACUUCAUAUCAAGAAUGUAAACAAAGCGGAUUUCUCUGAACUGAUGAGGUGUUUACCACUCCUGCUGCUACGUGGGACGGAGAGUAAUUCAAACUGAGAAGAAAUGUUCUGUUUUUUUUUCUUCUUUCUUUUUCUUUAGUGUUAGUACAGGAGCAGAAGCAACUUUUCACUGCUGAUGAAACUUUCAAGUGUAUAACUGGAUAUCUGAGCAUGGAUCUUUGCUGACCUCUAGUGGUACUUUUCCAGAACUACAUUCCUAUUUAGGUUUGAGUUUUAAAUCGUAUUCUUGUAUAUUAUGAAUACUUGAUAUAUAAUUAUAUGAUAUUGUUUCCAUUUAUUCCAUGUUUUUAUAUGUUAAUUUUACAUUUAGUUUUCUAUGGUGCAUAUCAUUGCAUUUUUUUGUUUUGUUUUUUUUUUUUGGAUGUUGCUUGAGAGACUGAGACAUGAAGGGGAGUUUAGAUAAGCCGAGAGAGUUUGCUCAACACUUUAUACGCCAUUUAUAUACCCUCCCUUCUUUAAAACAAUCGGUUGCAGUAUUUUGUAUUUGAUACGCUCAUGAAGUGACAUUCCUUAAUCGUGGGGCCCACAAAGCGUGGGUGCAUUUAUUAGCUUUCUUUGUCUUCUGGUGUCUGCAUUGCGGCCGAUGGAGGGGAACUCACCCCCUGCCCAGGAGGAGCAAAUUCCUAAAAAAAGCUUGGAUUGGAUUGGACCACCUGCCUGAGCUCAGAUUUGCACAAAGCUUUCUACUUAGUAUGUAAAGGAAACAGACAGCUUGUAUCUACUGUAUUUUUUAUUUCUUUUGUGUGUAGGACACACAGACACACCAGCCUCAAAUGCUCCAAUCACUCUGCAGAAAUCCGUUUUUUUUCAGUUUUAACCAUGAGCAGGUGCAAAAGACUAUCGAUGUGGAUCCUGUUGUGGCCAAAGCAGUUCAGAUUUAAUAUGAGGUAUACGUGAGGAGAGAUACUCGACAGUAUGUCCUGACAUACUGAUGUAGGCCAACAUUCAAAGCAUUUAUACUUUAUGAGACUUUAUGUAUGCACUGUACUGUAUGUAUGUGUUUUAUGUGCACAAAAUUUGCAUUAAAUGUUUUUCUAAGACUCAA